GAAAGUCAAUGAACCUUUGGCUUAUACUCCUUUGCCAACAACACACACACACGGCACACACACGCAGACAGUCGUAAAGGAACCUGUUCUGUUGUUGUUGGUAACUUUGUUGCCUUGCGUGUAUUCCAGACUUUCCUGUUUCACGUAGCCGUUUGGCUUAUCUGCGACCGUCAUCUUAAAAAUAAAAUCGAGGGGAUGUUCACUAUAGUUGUGGGUCUGGAGACCAGCUGAAUUCUAGACUACGUGUAGCUUAGCCAGUGACAGUUGGGAAUCCGUAUUAUUGUAAACUGUAUGUGCGCUCAAAGCUCUGUCGUUUAUGUACCGGUUGUUGUAAACGUGUCUUAGGUAGAAAAUGCCGGCCAUCACAUUUUCGAGGCGACAUUAUCGUUUGGCCUUUCGUAUCUUGCUUGUCUGUGUGGCAUCUGGACUUCUAUUAGUUUUUGUACUUUCGAAAGGGGAUGUUGUCAACAAGGUUGACAUUGAAGGUAAAGCUGCGUGGCUCAAAGACUCCUGGGCAAAUUUGCCAAUGUAUCAGGAGGAUACUCGUGACUUUUGGCAGAAACCCCAUUCCCUGAAAAAAAUUGAUUGGCAUAAUUACAAGCAAAUUGAAGAAGAGUCCAAAAAAACUGGUCCUGGAGAACAAGGAUUGGCCUUCUACCUAUCACCUGAGGAUGAAAAACUUAAAGAUGCUUUGUACAAGGUCAACGGCUUCAAUGCCCUUGUCAGUGAUAGAAUUAAUCUCAGUCGUACAUUAAAGGACAUCAGGCAUCCAGAUUGCAAGGCACAAAAUUAUGUUGAAGAUCUUCCAACUGCCAGUAUUGUGGUUCCCUUCCAUAAUGAGCAUUUCUCCGUGUUGCUUCGAACAGCGUACAGUGCAUUAAAUCGAGCACCUGCCAACCUUUUGGAAGUGAUCUUAGUCGAUGAUGCGUCCACCAAAGAACACAGCAAAAAACCGUUGGAUGACUACGUCACCGAGCAUAUGCCCAGAGUUCGGGUCAUUCAUCUGGCCGAGAGAUCCGGCCUUAUCCGCGCUCGAAUGGCUGGAGCUCGACGUGCCAAAGGCGAUGUCAUAAUUUUUCUCGAUUCUCAUUCGGAGGCAAAUGUCAACUGGCUUCCACCUUUGUUAGAUCCCAUUGCUGAAGACUAUCGAACUGUAGUCUGUCCAUUUAUAGACGUUAUUGAUUUUGAGACGUUCGCCUACAGAGCUCAAGAUGAAGGAGCGCGUGGAGCUUUCGACUGGGAAUUCUUUUACAAAAGGUUGCCAUUGCUCCCAGAAGACCUUAAACAUCCUGCACGGCCUUUUAAAAGUCCAAUCAUGGCUGGCGGGCUCUUCGCCAUCAGCAAAAAAUUCUUUUUCGAAUUAGGUGGCUACGAUGAGGGUUUGGAAAUUUGGGGCGGUGAACAAUAUGAACUUUCUUUCAAAAUAUGGCAGUGCGGUGGGCAGAUGUUAGACGCCCCCUGCUCAAGGAUUGGGCACAUCUACCGGAAAUAUGCUCCAUUCCCAAACAGUGCUAAAGGCGAUUUUGUCGGCAGGAAUUACAAACGUGUGGCCGAGGUAUGGAUGGAUGAAUAUAAAGAAUAUUUGUACUUGCGCCGUCCUCAAUACCGCAACCUUGAAGUGGGUGAUUUAACAGCUCAGUACGAAAUUCGGGAGCGACUCCAGUGCAAGUCGUUCAAAUGGUUCAUGAAAAAUAUCGCCUUUGACCUGCCAAAGAAAUACCCACCAAUCGAACCUCCGGAUUUUGCAUCAGGCGAGAUUCGGAGCAAAGCUGACACGACUUUGUGUAUCGAUACGCAAUUCAAGAAGGAAAAUGAACGGUUUAAUUUAGAACCGUGCGUCAAAGAUGGUUUUGGUAGAUCUGGUGAACAGCAAUUUGCGUUGACGUGGCACAAAGAUAUUCGACCGCAUAAAAGAACCAUGUGCUGGGACGUUUCAAGCCUCGAUGCCCAGGCACCUGUUUUACUAUGGGGAUGCCAUGGUUCCCAAGGAAACCAAUUGUGGCGUUACGAUCCAGAAACUUUGCAGUUAAUUCACGGAGGAAAUCCUCGUUGCUUGGACUGUGAUCCAGGCCGCAAAGAGCUUUAUGUUGCAACCUGCAACAAUGAGUCUCCGACUCAGCGCUGGACAUUUGAACGAUUCAACGAAACUGCACUGAUGCGUUGGAAUAAUGCUGGAAUAGACGAAAUCUAGCUUUUCAAAUAUUUUUCGGUUUGACUACACAUUUAUUCUGUUUCUCCCAAACAUUCGAAGCAGCUUGCUUCAUUGUAUUUUGAUUUUGCAUUCCAUUUUGUUGUUUAUUUGAAGGAUGUUUAAGCUAAAGGGGUGUGCCAUCAUACUUUUGUUAUCCACAGUUUUUGUGCCUUACAAACUUGGCAGUUAAAAUUCCAAAAAUUUCCAUUCAAGAACCACCCAUUUUGAUACAGAUGACAUCCGCGGACCAGUUCUUUUUUGCCCUGCUGGAUUCGUACCUGGUGAUGUUUCCUGUGUUUUUUUCACGCAUACAGUCAAGUGAAGCAUGCUA